AUGGCCGACAUUAAUGUUGACGUCCUCGUCAUCGGUGCUGGCCCGACCGGUCUGGGAGCCGCCAAGCGCCUCAACCAGCUGCGCCGGCAGAACGGUCCCUCAUGGCUUAUUCUCGACGCCAACGAGAAGGCUGGUGGUCUUGCGUCCACCGAUGUCACCCCUGAAGGCUUCCUCUACGAUGUCGGCGGUCACGUCAUCUUCUCCCACUACAAGUACUUCGACGACUGCAUUGAUGACGCUCUUCCCAAGGAGGAUGACUGGUACACCCACCAGCGCAUCUCCUACGUCCGCUACAAGGGCCUCUGGGUCCCUUACCCCUUCCAGAACAACAUUUCCAUGCUUCCCAAGGAGGACCAGGUUCUGUGCAUGGACGGUCUCAUCGACGCCGCCCUCGAGGCUCGUGUCUCCAACACCAAGCCCAAGGACUUUGACGAGUGGAUCGUUCGCAACAUUGGAGAGGGUAUUGCAAACAUUUUCAUGCGUCCUUACAACUACAAGGUGUGGGCUGUUCCCACCACCAAGGAGAACCUCCUCAAGGACUGUAUUCAGGGUCUUAUCAACACGGAGAUGAUCACCGCGGAGGAUGAGAUUGUCUCGACCUACCACCGCCGCUUCGACCACGGUUACCCCACUCCCUCUCUGGAGCGUGAGGGCGUGCUCAAGGACCUACUGCCUAAGCUGCAGGACCUGGACAUCUACUCGCGCGGUCGUUUCGGCAGCUGGAGGUACGAGGUCGGCAACCAGGACCACUCCUUCAUGCUCGGCGUGGAGGCCGCAGACAACAUUGUCAACGGCGCCGUCGAGCUGACGCUCAACUACCCCGACUUUGUCAACGGCCGCGCCAACACGGAGCGUCGCCUGGAGAACUUUGUUGUCGCGCCCACAUCUACCCAGACCAACGGCGCCAAGGAGCUGCCGACGAGGGAGCGUGCCGUGUCCAAGGCUUCGCAGCCCGCACACAGCCGCAAGUCGUCGAAGCAGGUCCAGUAG